CAUUCGCCGCUUCCUGGCCGGCCCAGCUGUCACAGUGACCCGCUACUCGCCUCUCAUCUCCCCGGUCCCUGCUCGGUCUGGAGCUGCGGCCCUCAUGGCUGAAGGAAGCGGUCAAAACCUUCGAGCCUACCGCUAAGUUCCGGCAGCGUCCCGGCCGGAGCGUGCUGGAGACAGUGGUCGAGGUGAUGGUGCUGGACUCGGGUGGAGUCUUCAUGGAUCCGCCACAGAAUGGACGUGUUGGCGCCAGAAGGGACCACUCGGAACCAGACAAGGUAACAAAGGCCAAGCCCCCGGUCAACAAGACGAAAGUCAUCAAGAAGGACCGGGUCUCCCAAAAUGGACUCCAGACGCCCGGCGGUCAGAUAUCAAGGCGCCCUUCUUCCAUAAGCGGGGUGUCUUCCAGGCUGAUCAGCCCCAGUCAAGCGACAGGCUCCUGCAUCCGCCGCAGUGAGAGCACCUGCUCGGUCAACUGCUCCCCAGGGUUGCUGGGUGGUCGGAUGAGAUCGGCCACCUCUCUGCCCCACAUCGCUAAAGGGACUGGAAAAGGCACGGUGACGGUCACGCCUCCCAAGCCUUGUCUCCUGGCUUCGCUCAGACCUGUCAACCUAGUGCAGGAAAAACACGCCUUUUUUCAGUCGGACUUCAAGUAUGAGCCUCAGUUCGAGUACCUCACGCCGGAGCCGAGGAAAGUCCUGGACAAGCACAAGGAGGGCUCAGGUCUCUUCCUGGAACAGGCGGUCGGAAUCAUGGAGUGCGUUUUGAAGAAGUUUGGGUCCUACGAGAAGUUCGAGGAGCUGACAGCAGGAAGUCCGCUUCCUAAAAGUCAAGUCUGGGCAGCUGUCCGUAAAUACCUGCAGAAAGAAGGCUGUGUGGGAGAGAUUGUGGUGCGUCUGAGCGACGAGCUGCUGUCUCAAGCAGUGAUGGUUCUGGAAAACUGUCGGCCCACUCUGAUCAUCAACAUCGCUGGGGCACGGCAGCACUGGCUGGAGGGACUGCUGAGACAUGAAAUAGGAACGCAUUACCUGCGAGGUGUCAACAACAAUCUCCAGCCCUGGGCCACUCCUGAGGGCAGGAAGCAGUUUAACCUUAAAUCUGCCAACCCUACUGAGGAGGGUCUGGCCAGCCUGCACAACGUGUUGCUACGGAAACAGCCCUACCUGUGGCGCGCUGCCCUCCUCUACUACACCGUCUAUCAUGCUGCUAGCAUGAGCUUCAGCCAACUCUUCGACCACAUUGGGCGCUUUGUCCAGAACCCGGACAUCCGCUGGGAGUACUGUCUGCGAGCCAAGAGAGGACAGACGGACACGUCCAAGCCAGGCUGCUUCAGUAAAGAUCAAGUUUACCUGGACGGAAUCAUUCGGAUUCUUCGUUAUAGAAGGGAGAUCGACUUCAAGGUGCUGACCUCUUUAGGGAAGGUGUCUUUUGAAGACGUGGACCGGCUGCGUCACUUGGCCGAACUGUCCCGCGCCAGGAUCCCUCACUUCAUGCCCGACCAGGCCUCUUACUUGAAACAUCUGGAUCACAUCGUUGUGGUCAACGGUCUGGACGAUGCCACGCUGCAGGAGCUCCUGCCUUGACCCCGCUGAUGUCAUCAAGUAUUUCCCUAUCAGACGUGAGGAUGUGAACGGGAGGUUACAAUACCACGGGCCGCAUCCCCGCGCCACUGCAUGUCUCCUGUACUGGGAUUAUAUGACGUUACCUCAAUAUUCUUUAAUAUAAUCCAACACAUAUGUAGUAAGCAGCGCGACGACAGCGUCUCUUAAUUUAUGCACUUAUUUAUGGUUUUACUUUGAACAAGCAGACUGAAUGUCACUGGUUUUAGCUUUAUAUUUUUUAGACGUUUUAUGCCUUAGAUAGCAUUUUAAGAAGAACACCAAGGACACAUGUAAAGUCUCAGGAUAUUAAAGCUGAGGCAAAAAAAAAAAAAAUCUACUGACAAGUGCCGCAGGCCUCAAUUGUGUACAGAAAUAUCUGUGAAAUUACUUGAAAAUCAGCGUCAGGGAAUGAAGAAGGGAGGAAUCUAACACCAUGGAAUGAACUGCUAUGCCUUUAAAUGUCCCAAAAAAUAUCAUGUUUUUCGUUUUGUAUAUUCUUUUGUACUGAAUGGACUUUCCUGGUUCUUCAGCUUUGGAAAGAGACAAAUUUACAGUAAAAAAAACUAAGUGGAUAAAAAGCUCAGGAUGACAGAGCACAAGAAAUAAAUUUGCUUCUAGUCUACAGAACGAAUCGAUGAAUUGAGGCAUUCAUAUCCAGCUAGUGUUGAGAUGGUCCACAAUUUGCAGAAGUUGUUUCCUUUCAUCAGUGUUCUUGUUGUUCUUUAAAUAUCUGAAUUAGUUCUGUGAUGUUUGGCUGCAGAGUGAAUUCUUUUUUUUUUUUUUUUGUUGUAAAAGAAUAGUUUGACAUUUGUCGUCUGAGACAUUUUAAGAGGACUAUGAUGCCAUAUGAGCGACCAGCCAACCAGUGACAAACUGUCAUAAAAGUCACUGUCCAACCUUGCUGCCAUGCUACUGAGCCUCAUUUGUGUUGAGCUUGUUUCCCCUUAGUUCGGAUAUGAUUUCGUAUGGUGCCAAAAGUGCGAUAGUGGUACCAGGAAGAGGUGACCUCCUGUUUAAAAGAUCCAGAGGAGAGCAUCUUCUCCUGCAUCUGCAGUGAAUGUCAAUAUUGCAUCAGGGGAACUGUAGCAAGAACUAGUUGUGGUCUCUGGUCACCUUCCAUCUGACUCUUAACUCCCUGUCAUCUGAUCACCUCGGGAAUUCCAUUUACUGGCUUCCUUUUCUAGUGUAGCAGUGACUCCACGAUGAGCCUCUCAUAAGUGACACUUCUCUUCACCCACUCUUUAGUAGGCAGAAGUGGCUUGCUUUCAUAAUGCUAAUAUCUUUGGACACGCUGCAUCCGAGGGCAAUGUUUGGAUGGUCACAAUAAUAAAACUGGUGACGGCGAUGGUGUCAAACUAUUUCUUUUAUGAUUAUGCAACGCAAAUGUGGCUUUUCCAGUUUUAUCUUUAGCGAUUUAGCAGCUGCCUUCUGCCAGUUUAGCUUGUUAGCGUGCCUUCGCGGCUCAUCUUCAUAACUAGCUGUAUGUAACUGAUGUUUUUCCCAACUCUGAGAUUGUUUGAGCUGUCUUACCACGAAUGGUCGAACGUUUUUCAACUACCACACAUUAUUCACAUUUGUGCUCGAUAAUGUAUUUGAUGUUUUGAAGUUCAAGCAGUUGUCACAGCAACAAUCAGCACAGUAUUUUGUUGAAGUGUUCUGAAGUGUCUUGAAUUCAGUUAUUUAUUAAAAAC